AUGGCCUUGACCGAAGAAUCCUACAUUGCCAAUGCAGCCGUUGCUCCAACUCCCACGGCCACAGCAGGCCCAAAGUGCAAGAACGCGUUCCCUCAGAGGCCCCUGUGCAAGUUCGUCGACAGCUUGACCACGCGCGUCAUCCCCACCCUCGAUGGCACCAAGCCGCUCACCAUUGGUGCCUACCAGAUCUACCAGAAAUUCCAUCGAGAUCUGCCGGCGACGAAGCAGUACGCGUACGGCACGAGUCAGAAGACGGCGUCGUACCCCGGCCCCACCAUCGUGGCCAAGGUGGGCAUCGACACGACCGUCACGUGGGAGAACCACCUGCUCGACAACACGCACAUGUUCACCGUCGACCCCACCAUCAUGAUGGGCGUCAAGGUCCCGAAGAAGGGCAUUCCCAUUGUUGUGCACCGUCACGGCGGCUCCCAGCAGAGCUACUACGACGGCCACCCUUUCGCGUGGUUCACGCAGUACGGCGAGAAAGGCCCCACCUUCUAUAACAGCACGUACAAGUAUAUCAACGACGAGGCAUCCACCGUGUGGUACCACGACCACAUGGCGGGCAUGACGCGCCUUAAUGUCGCUGCCGGCCUCGCGGGGCUGUACAUUAUCACGGACCCCAAGGUCGAGUCCAAGUUUACCUGGUUACCACCUCUCAGCCGCACCGUCCCGCUCGCCAUCGCGGAUCGUCUGUUCUUCGCCAACGGGUCGGUGAACUACCCGAACGUGGGCAUCGUGCCGAGCGUGCAUCCCAACUGGAUUCCCGAGUACAUUGGCGACACCAACAUGGUCAACGGCGUGGUUUGGCCGUACCUCAAGGUCCGGCCUGCGGUGUACCGGUUCAAGAUGCUGGGAGCGGCGAACGCGCGUUUCUACAAUCUGCAGUUCGUUUGCGCGCAGCGCGGCGACUACCCCAACUUCGUGCCGCCGCUCAAGGGCCAAGUUCUCGACAUUGUUACCAUUGCCACCGACGGCGGGUACGUGGCGAAGCCGGUGACUUCCAAGUCGGUGCUGCUCGUCCCCGGUUCUCGUCUGGACGUGCUCGUUGACUUCUCCAGCCUGCCCUCCACCUGCAAGGACGUGAUUCUCCAAAACACCGCGAACGCGCCUUACCCCGCUGGUGUGACGGCUGAUCGCGACACGGGGCUUGUCAUGCGCUUCGUCAUCACCAACAAGAAGCGCAUCCCCGCCGCUAAAGUCCCCAGCACCAUCUCGUACCUUCCCCCGAUCGACUACAAGAACAUCCAGAAGGUUCGCUGGCACAGGCUGAUCGAGCAGAUGGAUCCCAAGACGCAGCUGCCCAUCCGCAUCACCAUCGACAACCUCGGCUUCAUGGACCCCGUCAGGGACUUCCCCAAGCAGGGUACGAACGAGCUGUGGCACAUCAUCAACCUGUCGGCCGACGCGCACCCCUUCCACAUCCACCUCGUCGACCAUCGCCCCGUCUCUCGCCGUCCCUUCGACGUCGCGGCGUUCCAGGCGGGCAAGUGCGCGUUCCGCGGCAACAAGCUCCCGCGUUGCUGGACGGGCCCGCGGGUGAAGGUCGACCCCACCGAGGACGGAUGGAAGGACACCACGCCCGCGUUCCCCGGUCAGGUGCUCACGCUCUGGCUCGGUUGGCAUGACAACAGCGGCAAGCCUCUCAAGUUUGACGCGUCUGUUGGCCCGGGUUACGUGUACCAUUGCCACAUGCUGGAUCACGAGGAUAACGACAUGAUGCGGCCGUUCAAGGUGAUAAAGCCGCGGUCAGUAUCGGCGCGCCGUGACCGCGUCUUCUUGCCGUUCCGCACGCUGCUCUUCGCGGCAUUGCUCGUCGUGCUCUUCGCCUCCGCAACUUCCGCCUUCAAAGUCGGCACGCUCGCGAAGCCAGUCUACGUGGCUCCCUCACAACUCCCCGCGCUGAUGGAGCUGCGCGCAGCAUGGGGCAGCUUCAUGGACCUGCGGUCGUGGAACGGCAGCAACCCGUGCAGCCGCUGGUGGCUCGUCACGUGCUGGACCAACGGGCUCGUGAGGCGCAUGGGCGUGAGCUCCAAGGGCAUCAAGGGCACGCUGCCCUCCGUGCUGGGGAACCUCACAUCGCUGGAAGAGCUCAUCGCGACCACGAAUUGGAUCUACGGAGACAUUCCCGACUCCUUCAGCAACCUCGUCAACCUCAAGAACCUGCAACUAUUCAAGAACUACCUAAACGGCACCAUCCCGGCCUCCAUGGGGAACAUGAGGAGCCUGUACCAGCUGAGCCUGUACCAGCUCCACCUGAACCUCAACUACCUCACGGGAGGCAUACCAGAUUCGUUCUCCCAGCUCACUGGCAUGCGCAAAUUCUACGUGUCCAGCAACCUGCUCUCAGGCCCCUUCCCUCCGGUGCUCUGCAACAUGACGUCCAUCUGGGAGCUGCGCAUCAGCUACAAUCGCUUCUCUGGCACAGUCCCCGAGUGCAUCAGCAAUCUCAAAAACGCCUACUACCUCUACAUAGACACCAACUGGUUCACUGGCACCCUCCCCAGCACCAUAGGCGACCUGCCAAUGUUGCAGAACCUGUUCAUCAAUCAGAACAGUCUCAACGGCCCUCUGCCUGCCACUAUCACCUCUCUCACCAACCUCCGCAUCCUCUUCAUGAGCAGCAAUCCCUAUCUGGACGGCCCUCUGCCGUCGGACCUAGGCAACAUGGUCAGCCUCACCGACUUUGUGAUGGAGUUUGCAGCAUUCAACGGGACCAUCCCUGAUUCCAUUUCCAAGCUCACUCGCCUCUCCCGCAUUCUGAUGGACAAUUGUCGCUUCACCGGCUCCAUUCCACAGGGCAUCAGCAACCUCAAGGCACUCACAGUGCUCUAUCUGGAGGGCAACCGCUUUUAUGGAAGUUUCCCUUCAGGCAUCCUGCAACUUCCUCAGCUGUCGCUCGUCAACCUGCAUGACAACCAGUUCUCCGGUCCGCUCCCCACGGGGUUCCUCAACAGCACGUUGCUUACAGCCGGCCAAUACAACAUGCACCACAACUUCUUCUACGGAACCGCGUCCUCGACUCCCUCAAUACCUCCCCUCGUUCCCCCUUCCCCUCACACCCGUUUUUUUCUCGCCUCCCCCCCAGUCGGGCCAAUGAUGGAGCUCAAGGCGGUGUGGGGCGCGACUGCUGACCUGUCGUCGUGGGUGGCGACCAAUCCGUGCGCCACGUGGCAGCUCGUGCAGUGCUGGACGAACGGUUACAUCCGUCGCAUGGAGAUGAGUAACCAGCAGCUCUUCGCCACGCUGCCCUCCGCCAUCGGCGCGCUUACCCAGAUGGAGGAAUUCUUCGCGGUGCACAAUUGGAUCUACGGAGACAUCCCCGACUCCUUCAGCAACCUCGUCAACCUCAAGAACCUCCCCUCUUACCCGCCCCUUACCAACUCCACUUCUUCUGGUCCUCAUAUCCGCCCUCCGCAUCCCCUCUCCUCACCACCCCCCUCCUUCCGCCCGCCCUGCAUGCAUGGCAGCUAUGUGCCCAGCAAUCUGCUCAACUCCACCUUCCCCACAGCCGUCUGUGGCAUGACCAACCUGCGCCAGCUUCGCCUGAGCGCCAAUCGCUUCACUGGCCCGGUAUCGAGCUGUGUCGCCGUGCUUCUCUCCUCCCCCCCCCUUCUCUUCCCCCUUCUCUUCCCCCUUCUCUUCCCCUUCUCUCCCCCUUCUCUCCCCCUUCUCUUCCCCCUUCUCUUCCCCCUUCUCUUCCCCCUUCUCUCCCCCUUCUCUCCCCCCUUCUCUCCCCCCUUCUCUCCCCUUCUCUCUCUCUCUCCCCCCUUCUCUCCCCCCUUCUCUUCCCCCUUCUCUCCCCCCUUCUCUCCCCCCUUCUCUUCCCCCUUCUCUCCCCCCUUCUCUUCCCCCUUCUCUUCCCCCUUCUCUUCCCCCUUCUCUUCCCCCUUCUCUCCCCCCUUCUCUCCCCCCUUCUCUCCCCCCUUCUCUCCCCCCUUCUCUCCCCCCUUCUCUUCCCCCUUCUCUCCCCCCUUCUCUCCCCCCUUCUCUCCCCCUUCUCUCCCCCCUUCUCUCCCCCCUUCUCUCCCCCUUCUCUCCCCCCUUCUCUCCCCCCUUCUCUUCCCCCUUCUCUCCCCCCUUCUCUUCCCCCUUCUCUCCCCCCUUCUCUUCCCCCUUCUCUCCCCCCUUCUCUUCCCCCUUCUCUCCCCCCUUCUCUUCCCCCCUUCUCUCCCCCCUUCUCUUCCCCCUUCUCUCCCCCCUUCUCUCCCCCCUUCUCUCCCCCUCUCCGCUCCCCACCCUCUUCCUCCCUCCAUGCAGAUUCAUCAAUCAGAACAGUUUCAUCGGUCCCCUACCCAUUUCUCUCACGCGUCUCACCAACCUCAACAUCCUAUUCAUGAGCAGCAAUCCCUAUCUGCAAAGCACUCUGCCUGCAAACCUGGGCAACAUGAAGUGGCUCACCGACCUGGUGGCAGAGUUUGUGCCCUUGAACGGCACCAUCCCUGCAACCAUCUCCAAGCUCACCAAGCUCUCACGCAUUCUGUUGGACAACGGCCAGCUCACGGGCACCAUCCCGGACGGCAUCACCCUACCCAAGGACAGAGUAUUGAGACGACUCAAAACUUCCUUCCAUUUCCCCCACCUCGCUUCCCCUUCCUCCUCUCCCCCUUCCUCCUCUUUUUCCCUCACACCAGUCUGUUGGACAACGGCCAGCUCACGGGCACCAUCCCGGACGGCAUCAGCCGACUCAAAGAGCUCACUAUCCUGUGA